AUGCUUCUUGCAUUGGUAGACCGUGGCUCAAACCCUUCAAAUGUCGAGAAAAGACGACGGAAAUACCAGGACAAACUUCGUCGGGCCAUGUUACCAGAAGAUGAUACUUUUGGAACAUCAUCAUCUGAGCAUUCGUCAAUCAGUUCAAGUCUCGAGCCACUAGGAACACUUCCAAACUCUUGGUGUGGCAUAUCGAACGAGGUCAUUGAGAUUUCCGGCCGGCUAUUGGCCCUCUGCCGAAGCGCGUGCGAUUACAACAAAGAUCAGACAACCACUGGCCUCAAAAUAGCAAACAAGGCCCUUUGCGACAUAGCAGUUGCGCGCGAGCUCGAGAAAGAGCUUUUGAGUGUGGACUUUAAGACUAUCGUGCUUCUAGAGGAGCCGCAAGACUUUGAUGUCGAUACACGGGAUGAUAACGCCCCCGUGUCUCAUCUACUAGAAACAGCCGAGGCAUAUCGUAAAGCUGGGUUGUUGCAGCUGUACCUGACCUUUGAUGAUCUUGUCGUCAACGCAAGCGGUGGACAAAAUGCAUCAGCCAGCAGCUCCGAUGAUGCAAAGGAUAAAGCAUCUCGAGCAAAAUCUCUUAUUGACUUGACUCUGGAGCUUGUGACUACACUUGAAAGGAUUCCAGCUGAAUCAGUUUCAAGGUUCAUUCACCCCAUGUGA